GCACUAUUGAUUGUUGAUAUUGGCUGGUGGAGGCCGAUGUUUUUAUUUAUUUGUAACAAUAAUUAAAUCGUUUGGAAUGCAGAUUACAAUUAAAGUUCUCAAGGGCAAGGACUGCACGCUCGAGGUCUUGCCGACCAACACCAUUUUGGAGGUGAAGCAACAAAUUGAGGCAAAUUUGCAAAUAUCUGCGGCCAAUCAAAAGCUACUCUUGCUGGGACGUCCUCUGAACAAUGAUCUGACAAUUUCUUCGUAUGCAAACAUCAAGGACGGCACCAAACUCAACCUGGUGGUGAUGAAGCCCUGCCUGCGCGACUGCAUCCUACGCGGUUUUCGCAAAUUCUACACGGAGCAGCAGGCGGAGCGCUUGACCAACGAAUUCAUGACCGAUUUUGAAAAAAAACUGAAGGAGCAUAGUCUGGACGACUUGGAGCGCUUUGCCGAGAGCACAAUGGGCAAAGUUUCAACAUAAACUUUAUGCCCCAAUUCAGCCACUUUCCUAGAACUCAAAGAUUAACAAAAAAAAUUAAAAACUGAAAGAUGUCAA